AUGUAUCUUUCAUUCUUGCUACUCUCUGCACUUGUCGGAUCAACCAUUGGUUGUUCAUGUAUAUUCCCACCAUUGUUAAGUGAUAGUUUUGCUCAAACACCAAUUAUUUUUAUUGGACGUGUAAUUGCUACAAAUGUAACACAAUCAAAUCCAUUCAUGGGUUAUGCCGAUAUGACUAUGGAAGUAGAAGAGGCAUUCAAAGGCACAGUGGUUGGUGCACAAAUUACUGUCCGUACAAACCUACAAGGAGCAAUGUGCGGUUUCGGUGCCAUUCCAGUGGGUACACGAUGGCAACUAUGGUUAACAGAAAGCAAAUCGGCAAAUAUUUGCUCGAGAAGUACGCGAGAUGCUGACAAAGAUCUCGAUGAACUUCGAAAAUUAUCCGCCAAUAGCUUAUAG